UGAGUAUCACCGUCUUGAAAGGCAGAUCUCAUCUCAGCCUGAUGACAAUUUGGAGUCAAACGGCAGGCCUCCUCGUAGGAGGAAUUUGGUGUAGAUGCUCCAGUCUGCCCUACCGAAGAGCGUCCGCAUAAAAAACCAGCCUUCAGAUGCUCCUCCUCCUAAUAUGUCAAAAUUGGAGUUGAAGAAAAUCCUAAAGAAGAUAGAAAAUAUUAUCAACGAUGGACACAAAAUUUUGCAGCUUCUGAAUUUGCCAGGCCACAGUAAUAUCAACAAGAGACAAACUGUUUCUGACGAUUCACGUAUUGCAGUCACUACUGCAUCUCCUCCAUUUGUAGUAAUUGGCCGAGAUGAAGAUCGUGAUAAGAUCUUAGUAUUGCUUCAUGAGACAGAAAAUGAUGGUCAACAUGAACCCAGUCGUGCAUUAUCCCAUUCCAUCAUUGGCAUCCAUGGCAUUCCUGGGUCCGGGAAAUCUACCCUUGCACAGUAUGUUUGUGCCCAUGAGAAAAGGGGCAGGCAAGAGAAAGAGGCUGGCCAUUUCGACCUUAUCAUGUGGGUUCAUGUUUCUAGGAAUUUUAAUGUGGAUAAGAUUUUCAGUAAGAUGCUUGAAGAGGCUACAGGGAACUCUUGCCCUCAGUUCAAUAGUCUUAACACCCUAGAGCAGAAGCUGGAACAGGCAUUGAGUCGAAAACGGUUCCUUUUGGUACUAGAUGAUGUAUGGUACAACAAGGAUGACAGUCAGGAGGAGCUACAAAAGAUUCUUUUUCCACUUAAGGUUGGGGCUUUAGGAAGUAAGAUCCUACUAACUAGUCGAACUAGAGAUGCAUUAUUAGCUUUGGGUGCUGCAAAAUGUAUUCCGAUAUCUGAAUUGGAUGACACUGUGUUCCUUGAACUUUUCAUGCACUAUGCUCUCGACAGUGCAGGCAUAGAUGAACGCGAUCGGAUGAUAUUCAGAGCUAUAGGAUCUGACAUUGCAAAAAAGCUGAAGAGAUCACCUCUGGCAGCCAGAACAGUUGGAGGGCAACUACACAUGAGACCAACAAUUGACUUUUGGCAAGAUGCUCGAAAUCAGAACCUCUUGAAUGAGACAAUGGGAGCUCUAUGGUGGAGCUACCAGCACCUUGAUCAGCAGGUAAGACGGUGCUUUGCUUACUGCAGUAUUUUCCCCAGAAGACAUCGGCUGGAACGCCAUGAGUUAAUUAACUUGUGGGUGGCAGAAGGGUUUAUAACGACUACUGAAGUAGGAUUAGAAAUGGAGGCUGUUGGUAGAAAGUACUUUGAGGAAUUGGUAUCAGCCUCAUUUCUGCAACUAGGAGAAAAACAAGCAGAAAGGUUUGGUGCCUCCGAAUACUUCACGGUUCAUGAUCUGCUUCACGAUUUAGCAGAGAAGGUUGCUAGAAAUGAUUGCUUCAAAGUUGAGAAUGGCUGGACAGGAGAUCUUCCUGGAGAUGUUCGCCACCUUUAUAUCGAGAGUUAUAAUAAAACGAUGAUUACUGAAAAGGUUUUGAAAAUGGGAAAUUUACGCACUCUGAUUAUUUAUAGUGGCAAUACAGAAAUACCAACUGAAGAAAAGAUAUUUGAAAGAAUGUUCAUGAGGCUGAGGAAGUUGCGGGUACUGAGCGUUAAAAUCAUCACAGGAUCGCAUGUGUUCUCAUUCCCAGAAUCUAUUGGUCAACUGAGGCAUCUACGCCAUCUUUGUUUUCGGACAACCUUGAUCAGACAAGUUUUACCAAACACAAUUGCCAAGCUUCGCUAUAUGCAUGUGCUAGAUUUUGGUGUAUGUGGAGAUUUAGUGUUUCCCUCUGGCGAAGACAUGAGUAAUCUCAUCAACUUGCAGCAUAUAAUCGCCACGGCUGAUCUGAAUUGUCCAAACAUCGGCAUGCUAACGUCACUGCAAACAUUACCAUUGUUCCCAGUAAAGAAGGAACCAGGGUAUGAAUUACAGCAGCUGAGACACCUAAACAAGCUUCGUGGCAAGCUACAUAUCCACGGUCUUGGAAACGUUGGGAGCAAGGAGGAAGCUCUUGAAGCCAAAUUAGAUGGCAAGGAACGCCUGAAAGAACUGGUACUUGUCUGGGAUGAUGAGAGCUGCAGUCCAGAGGUUGAGGCAGAGGUGCUUGAGGGCCUUUGCCCACCAUUGGAGCUUGAAAGACUAGAAAUAACAGAUUAUCACGGUUCAAGCUACCCAGAUUGGAUGAUCGGAGGUCACAAAGGCCCAAAGUACCUGCGCGAACUUGAGCUCAGUGGAUGCAGCCGACUGGGACCUGCCCCUGAACUCUUUGAGUUUUUCAUUCAUCUCCGUUCACUCUGGCUUUGGAAAAGCAGCUGGAACUUCUUGCCAGAUAAUCUGGAGCAACUCAUGUCACUCCAUGAACUGAAGAUGUAUUUUUGCUUGAACAUUCAGUCGCUUCCAAAGCUGCCCCGAUCUCUUGAGGAGUUUGGAUUGGGGGCCUGCGAUGACGAGUUCAUGAGGUCUUGCAAAACAAUUGGGCAUCCAAACUGGCACAAGAUCCAGCAUAUUCCUAGAGUAACAAUUGCUUUGGAAUCUACUCAUUCUCCCCAUGGUAGCAGCAGCAGCAGCAGCAUUCCCGUUUUGUAUUUGAGUGGCUAAGCUCUUGAUUGUUUCUUUCUCACUUUGUAUUGGAUAUUUUUGCUGACCUAUAGAAAAAGUUGGAGGCCUUCUCAAGUAUGAAAACACAAAGAACAAGAAGCGUGUGGGUUGAUUUGUUUUGAACUGAACUUUGAAAAAAACGCUGGACACUGGGGAAGGACCCAAUGUCGAAUUUAUUAAGAAAGAGGGUGAGCGCGUCCGGCCGGAGUCGAACGCGGGUCGCGGAGAGCACAACGGCUGCACCAUGCCAUCUGCGCUACGCGCAGUCUCAUGAUGGAUUGAUGGAUUGAUGGUGAUGAUAUGCUUGUGCACCACUGCACUGUGAUGAGUAAACACCAACAGUAUUUUAUCCUUUGUGAAUCGGACAUAUGAUGGGAAUGGAGUCUUUUAGGAAGUGAUGAAGGGACAAUUGUACUCAGUGUUACCGUGUUAGGUCCUCUCCUCUCACCACGAUGUUAGGGACAGUUAUAUACGCUUUAUAUAUAUGGUUAAACUGGAGGACGUAUGGUAUAUUUCACUGCUGUUUUGGAGUUUUAAUUCUCCUCCUUUCAGUAUUCUUUGUAUCAACCAGUUAGUUUCUUUGCA